UGCUAAGGGCGGUACACCAGGACAGAGCAAGACAAAAAGUCUUGGAUGACGUCAAUUCAAGGAAGAUUUUUAUCACGCAAGAUCUUGCAAUGAAAUUCUUGCCACGCCUUUUCAAAGAAACACAGAUGGAAUGGUUCGGUAAACAUGGAAUAAGUUGGUACAUCUUGCACUGUGUACGUUGCACCAGCUCAAAUGAAUGUGAAGUCUCUGUGUACUCGCACUUCUUUCGUCAGUCGAUCAACCAGAACAGUGAAGUUGUUGCUGCAGUUAUUUGUCACACCCUCCAGGAAGAAAAGGCAAGACACCCAGAGAUUAAUGAAGCAUUUUAUCGAAGUGACUGUGCAGGAUCGUAUCAUUCAGGCGGACUACUUGUUCCCAUACAGCAUAUCAGUAGGUUGACUGGUAUCUACAUCAAACGCUAUGAUUUCCCAGAGCCACAAGCAGGCAAGGGACUGUGUGACAGGAGCUCCGCCCACUAGAAAUCCCAUGUUAACCGGUUUCUUCAUGAAGGAAAUGAUGUUAUGUCAGCAGAGCAAGUCAAAAAAGCUUUGGAGUCACAUGGCGGUAUACAAAGUAUUGUUCCAUAUGUGGUAGAGUAUCCAGAGUCAGCCAGUAAGUGCCCCACACCGCGUAUUCCAGAUGUAAGUCUUCAUAACUACCAGUAUUGUAACGACGGCCUGAGGGUAUGGAAAGCAUACAAUAUUGGCACCGGGAAACUGGUUGCAUGGCAGAAUCUUGAUAAGGAUGGCAAGAUACUACCUUCUGAACUUAGAAUCAUUGAGAGUGGAUCACUGGGGAAUAGUGAAUCUGUUAAGAAAGAUAAUACUUGCUUGGCAGCAGAACUGCCUGGUCCGGUGAAACCUGUAAGGUCACCCGAAGAAUCUGGAGACGAGGAGAGAGAUUGUGGUCUGUUCAGCUGCCCUGAACCAGGGUGCGUCAAGCAGUACAUUACAAUGGGCAAGCUUGAAAAGCACAUCGCUGCAGAGAAACACACCUUUGAAGACGUUUCUGAACCUCUUGGUGAUAAAGUAAUCAAGAGAUGGGCCAAAUAGUUUCAACAAGUAACGUCAGAGAAUCUUUCAUCCCAACUGGAAAACAAAAUCUCUGCACUCCGUCUCAUAGAAGACCUCAGUGUGACCACACAUCAAGUUCUUCAGAAAGGCUGGGCUUUAAAGGUACCUAAGUGGGCAACACGUUUGUCUGACAAGGUCAGAAAUUACCUCCAAGAGAAAUUUGACGUUGUUAAUGCUACAGGACAUAAAGCUGAUCCUGUGCAAGUCUCCUUCGACAUGAGAUGUGCAAGAAAUGAGCUUGGCAGGCACUUAUUUGCCGAAAGUGAAUGCCUUUAAACACAGCAGAUCUGUUCAUUUUUCUCCAGGCUUGCCGCAGCACAGAGAAAGACCGUGCAAAGCCCAGCAGAUCUAAUUGAGGACGAAGUAUGAGAUGUAGAAAGUCAAGCAGAGCAAGUAUGAGACAGAGUUGCAAGAGCUGCAUGAAGGUAUCAUCGCUAAGGUUGCAGAGAAGCACCCUAUAUGUUAUGAAUGCUUUAACCUGUGUGAACUAAGUCAGCAAAACAAGUUGAAAAAGUUCAACAUAGGCAUGCUUGUAAGGAUUUGUGAACAUUUUGAAGUAGACAUCGCCACUGUUUCCAGAAACAGAAAGGAGGGUUUUAUUAAUCAAAUAAAAGAGCUCAUUGGAAGUUGCAGCUGCGAUAUGUAACUGUUUCAGUUAGAUUUACUAAGAUAGACUUUCAUUACAUAGAAAUGCUGGUUUAUGUAACUGAAGCUCAGAAAAGUUUUGAGAAAAGCGAAAAAAAAAGGUACCUGAUUACAUUACAUGCCUUAGAUACUGCAGAAAUUUAGUGUGGUGUAUGUAACCACCAUUUGGAUAAAGAUUGUGGUUGCAUGACUUAAAAAAAUCAGCCCAGUGACUUCAUGUCCCAUGUAACACACAAGUCUUAAUUGCGACAAGCUGAGGUGAUGGAACCUUUUCACUUUAAAUGAAGCCAGAGAAGUUGUUGUUUCUGGGAGAAAAGAAGCCAAGACAUUUUUAAAUUAAGAUAAAUAACGAAUUUAUUAUCUCAAAAAAUUGAAUAGCCUUUUGUAUUUAUGUGGUUUAGAAAAUCGGUCAUACGAGUUUAUGUUGUGUGUUAUUAACAAAUAACAGCUAUUAACAGCAUUGUCAAUAGCUAAUAUUAAAGUUGAACUGAAAAGUAUGUAAAGCCAGACAAGGAGUCUCUA